AUGUUCUGCACUCCUCCACCCCCCACUGACAACCUCAUCCUAACCUUUCCAUCGCCCCACAUACUCGUCGUAACGAUCAAUCGCCCGCAGGCAAUGAACUGCAUAAAUACCCAAACCCACAGCGAAAUGUCACAGGUAUGGCGCUGGUACGACGAUGAACCAUCACUCCGCUGCGCCGUAGUCGCGGGAAGUUCCCGGGGCAGGAGGAAAGCUUUCUGCGCGGGUCAGGACUUGAAAGGUCCAUCCUAUGCUUGCGCCCUGUACUGCGAGACACAGCUAACGAGAGUAGAAUGGGACGACAUUCAAUCAAGUGAUACCGGCUCCCUCCCUGUCCACCCGGAGGGCGGCUUCGGCGGUCUCUCCCAGCGCCGUGGGAAAAAGCCCGUUGUUGCUGCAGUCGACGGGCUCGCGCUCGGCGGGGGUAUGGAGAUGUUGGCCAACGUGGAUAUGGUCGUCGCCUCGGCUAGCAGUAUUCUGGGACUUCCGGAGGUCAAGCGUGGAGUGGCGGCGUUCGCCGGUGUGUUGCCGCGGUUGACCAUGAGUGUGGGAUUGCAGCGUGCGAGCGAACUCGCCCUGACUGGGAGGAUGUUGAGUUCGAGUGAGGCGAGGGAGUGGGGUUUGGUUAAUAGGGUUGUUGGGGAUGGGGAGGGGGAGGCGCUCACCGCAGCUGUGGCCGUUGCAGAGGAGAUUGCAGGGAACUCGCCGGACAGUGUUAUUGUGAGCCGGGCAGGGCUGAGGAGUGCCUGGGAGGGGGGAAGCGUGGAGGGCGCGACGAGGAGGGUUAGGGAGGGAAUGGGGAUGGGACUGGGGACCGGGGAGAAUUUCAGGGAGGGCUUGAGGGCUUUUGCGGAGAAGAGGGAGCCGAAGUGGGUGGAUUCUAAAUUG